CAGAGACAGACGGGUAAAGACAUUCUGUUGUUUAACAAACAUGGACAACCCUCAUUACCACCUCAGUAGCACCACUUUGACCACUUCAUAAUGCAAUGGGCUCUUGUUGAAAUUCUGCUACCUCUUUAUAAUUCUGUAGAGUAUGUUUUUAUUUUGUAAAUGUUGUGUCUCCAAUACUGUGUGUCUUUGAAUCUGCUGUAAGCCAGUUGUAUAUAACAAUAAACAACUUUCACCCUCACUCUAAAAUGGGUCUCUCAUGAUGACUUUCGAUCUCCUGCUGCCAUGUUUCAUUACAUAAAUGUUUCAUACUUUCAAGUGUGUGUUUUUCUCAUACCUUCUGCUUUUCUAUCAGAUACGAUAGGUUGAAUGGCCGAAUACUGCGCCUGUACUUUAUGAUCCAUUUUGUAUUUUCGAUUUCCUUCCUGCCGAAUUACCCAACAGCGGCAACUCCCAGCGAUCAGCGCCAGUUCCCAGUCCACGGUGUUACCCAAAGCGACAAUGGGCAGUGGAGAGAGACAAAGCAGGUUCACCCCGAUACUGGCAUCUCCUCCAAGGCCAUGAGCAUCAUGAACACGCUCGUGAACAAUAUCUUCGAGCGUAUCGUGGGUGAGGCUUCCCGCCUGGCCCAUUACAACAAGCGGUCAACCAUCACUUCCCGGGAGAUCCAGACCGCCGUGCACCUGCUGCUGCCCGGGGAACUGGCCAAACACGCCAUGUCCAAAGGGACAAAGGCGGUGACCAAGUACACCAGCUCCAAGUAAAGCUCCCCAGUGAGAUGAUCGAAAACACAACGGCUCUUUUAAGAGCCACUCACAAUUUCAAUGAGAGAGUUGUACUACCAUUUAGGUAAUAAAUUAUACAUAUUUUAUGUCUGGUGACUUUUACAAGAGCUAAGUCACAGUUGGAAUAAACUCCCACUGCACUGAAAAGGAAUCGUUACCUCCCCCUCCCCAUCAGUCCGUCCCACUCUGUAUCCACACCACGCAGAGGAUUGCUACCAUUGUUGUUUUAUUUCUGGCUUCAGGAGUUUAUUGGUUGCAGUUGGGUAACACCCGAAUCUAAUUUUAACACAAGCCUAAAAGAUCUCAUGACUCUUUCAUAGAAAAACUUUUUAAAAUUGCAGACUAGACGCUGGUCACAAUUUGAGAAGCGCCAUUUGUCUAUAACCUGAUAAUGUUCACACAGUGACCGACUGU